GAACUGCAAAUAACGCAGGGGAACUGUCACGAACGCCACCAAUAAACAAAAGACGCUCAGUAAAAUGGAAAAUGGCGAUCGCGAGCUGGAUGAUUCGGGGAAGAAGCCUACGUUCAGGCCGAUUUAACCGUGGUCGCCAUGACGGAGAUGAGGAGAACGUCCAACUGGACCUGUCCAAAGAUCCUAAAGAGAAUAUCCAAGAAAUAUUUAACCAUGUCUGCCAGAGGCAUGGAGUUGUGGAAGGAAAACGGUUAGGCUAUUUAAAUGCGUUUGUUAAACUAGUCAGUCAACCAAGCAUCAGUCAUGCUCAACUAGGCUACAGUAAAGAAGAACUUCUUUGUUGUUUGAGAACAUCAUUGGUACAUGAGGGAACUCAAGUCCGAGCUGCUGGUUUGCGUGCAAUCCGCUACAUCCUUCAAGAUGAAAAUGACAUUCGUGUUUUGAUACAACUGCAAAUCCCAAGUCUAAUAGCUAGGAGCCUUGAUCUUGCUCUUCGAAAUGAUUUGGAAAGAAUUCAAGCUAUUCGUAUCAUGCGCAGAAUUCUUGCCAUAAGUCCUUCACAUUUCCCUGUCUCAUUACUUCGUUGCCUAGUGUCUCUUGCUAAUGGAGCUGCAGAAGCAAAUGACCGGAUGUUGCGUGCCUCACUCGCUGUGCUAUGUGAGAUUUGUGUACUGAAUCCACUUAUAUUCAUUAAGUGUGGAGGAAUAACACCAUUGGUCCGCAAUAUUCUUGAAUGUGGCCUUCCUCGAGUUUCUGAGUCACUGGUUGGCUGCUUACUCUAUUUACUUGAUAGACCAGAAACCCGUUCAGCGGCUCGUUUAGAUCUUCAAUGCUUUGCUGAGCCAUAUUGUGACUUUUAUUUUCGCAAAGGGGCAGUUGCAAACUCAGACAAAGCAAAAGGUGAAAGAGAAAUACGUGAAAGAGAACUAAGACUUUACUCUAGCCAUGUUGCCCUCUUGUCAAUUUUAAGAUCAUGGCCAGGCUUGUUACAUUUUUGCAAUCCAACUGGGAAUUCUGGCCUACGUGCUCUUGUUGAUAUACUUUAUCUGAAGCAGCUUGAGAUCAGGAAAGCUGUUCUUGAUCUGCUAUAUGACCUUCUUGGUAUUCCAUUGCCUGAAUGGACAGAUGAGCUCAGUGUUGCCCUCGAUGCAGUUGAUCCCUCCCAUCCUCAGGACUCCUGGCGCCUUAAUGAGGGUUUUGUAGCUGCUGAAGGAAGAAGUGUUCUCUCUCACCUUGCUAAGUAUAGGCCUAACAUUGUAGUAAACCACUUAUCAGCACUCCUUCAAGCUUUCCUGGAUGCUGGCCUCCUUGCUGCUAUUGUAGAAGUUAUUGUUGCCGAAGAUACCUUUCUCUCUGUUCGGGCAACUAUUCUACUCGGUCAACUUUUGCACAUGAUCCAUGUACUUUUACCACCUGAAUGCUGCAAUAUCACUCCACCCUUGCCCUCCCUUAUGUGGUACGCUGUGGGUGCUUCACCUCUUGAUCAUCUCCCAGCAUCAGCACACCAUUCAUCCUGUGCAAAACAGACAUAUAAUAAAAUUUUGGCGUCUGUUCAACCUGCAUUAACUGUUACCAAGGCUAAUCAACAACAGGCCCAAGCAUCUGUAGCAGCUAUGAAUCAGCUGCACAGGCUUUUGAAACGCCGACCAGCACCAGCAUCCUUAUUUUUAGCUCAAAUUCUAAAUUCAUCUAGUCGCUUUCAUUCAGAAGCAAGAAAAGCAGCCCGAGAGGAAUCACAGUCUUCGGACUCAACAGGCAAUCAAAUCAAAGCUACGGCAGUGAAGACCGGCGGCUCAAGACGUCGCCGGCGUUUCAGUGAAAGUGUUCUUAGCAUUGCAAGUCGAGGAAGGUAUUCCAAAUCAAAACUCCAACAGAUGUUGGCCAAAGAAUCUGAAGAAGCAUUGAAAGAGUCGCUUGUCCUGACAAACAAAGAUGGUUUUUCAUGGAACUGGGAGAUUGUGAGAUCCAUCCUUAAGGGCAAAAGUGAUGCACUUUUGAAGCUUGAGGAUUCAAACCAUAGAACUUUUGUGAAAAGACUUGUGCAUUUCUACAAGCCAUCUAGUAACCGAUUUAGCCGUGUUGAGUUGGGUGGCAACAGGAAGCAAACCAAUACAUAUACCUUAGCUGGAAUUGAGCUCUUUGAUGCUUUAUUGCAAGCCGAAGAAGUUGAAGGUUCAAGACUCACAGGAGAAUUGUUGGGGGAUAUCCAUUCUCAAAUUGAAGAAAUACUCUCUGCCAAAAGUGCUCAUGACUGUCUCUUUAGUCCACAGCAUAUGAACAACUCUCUUUGUCAAGAUUAUUUUCUAUUCAUUGGUCAUUUAUGUCAAAGUAGAAGUGGCUUACGUAUUUUAGAGUCAUCUGGACUUUUAAGUCUCAUUCACCGGCUUGUCACAAACACAAAUCAUGACUGUUAUAUCAAACUUGUUGUAUCAAGUCUUGAUUAUGCUGUUCCUGGAGAGCCUAGGGAGAUAUUGGAGACAAUACUGAAGUCUGGUUCUGACUCAUCACGCCUCUAUGCAACCCAGUUUUUGGUGGUGCUACUCCGAGCAAGGGUUCCCAAUUUUCAUGAGUGGGGUUUACCACUUGUUAUCAAUCAAAUAAGUGAUAAAAGUAAAUCAGUGCGCCUUGCUGCCCUCAACAUGCUUGAUGAAGCAUGUGAUGAACAUAUAUUUCUGCAGUCCCUUGCAGAACUGCAACCCAAGUUCAAUUCUGAUGUAGAGAGAGAGCUGCUCAUUGAAAUUCGGUUGGCUACUGUGCCAUGUGGCUUCUCUUAUCUGCAGCAGAAAGGAUUUCUGUCAAGUCAAAUGGACUAUUGGGCUGCUGAGUACAACUACAGGUAUGUUCGAUUUGUGGAGGGUGAGAUUCAUGAUGCUUUGUCCUUGCAUCAAAGGGGUGAAGAUGGUCAUUACAGUCGCCGUGUUAGCUCAGCUAAACACGUUGUAAAAGAUGUGUUUGUACCUCCCCACCUCUAUGGUCAACUAGCCCAACUGCCGCAAGGCUGUAAACUGCUGUUCAAUGAUUCAAGGGUACAUUGUCUUCUGAAGAUUGUGAAAGAUCAACAAUGCAGCUCAGAGACAGAAAUCUUGGAGCUGAAAGCAGCAUUGUGGGCUGCUGGUCACAUAGCAACAAGCUCAUCAGGUUUAGAAUGGCUUGCAAAUGAAGAAGUCAUUCAGUCCAUAGUUACCAUAGCCCAGAGCUGCCCUGUGUAUUCUAUUCGUUCAACAGCAUUCUACUCUAUUGGUUUAGUGGCCACAACAGGCCCUGGUGCAGAUCUCCUAUCGAUGCUAGAUUGGGUGAGUACAAGGCAUCACCGGCAUGAACGCUGGCCAGUGAUACAUGAAAAUCUCCACUCAUCAACUUUGGUACCAAACAAAGAGGACAUUACCACUCAAACACUGUUUCUUGCUGAUGAGACUGAAACUGAAAGUAGUGUUGUCACGGAAGAAGACGAUAGCUCAUUGUGGGAUGACUCUUUUUCUAACAAUGGUGUUCAGUUUUGGAACGAAGCAUCUCCAGGAGACCCACCCAGCCGUAAAGCCCGUACAUUGCCUCAUCAGAGGGCGCCUCCUGAAUGGCCAAGAAAACAACAACGUAGUCUAAGUGAAAGCCAGUCUGGAAGUCCACAGUUGCAGCGGGUUGCAGGCUCUCCUGUUUCUUCAUUUUUAACAUCAUCUUCAACAGGCACAGUUGGAGCAGAAACACAGGCAGUUGGUAUGAGUGGAGAUGUGUCUAGUUUAGUACAUCCUCCAAAAUCUACAGAUGAUAUGAAGAGCAGAUCAAAUAGCUGUUCAGAUAGUGGUGUUUGUUCAUAUGAUUCAACUGGUGGAAAGCAAACAACUGAUCGGAUUCAAACCCUCAGCCCUAUUCCAAGCUCAACAUCUUUGAAUACUCUUAAAUCAGCUACUUUAAGUGGUGCUCCCACAUCACUUGUCACUCCCAUUACAACAUUACAGCAGGAAGACCGUGUAAGAAGAACAUCUUUUCAAGGGAGUAUAACAUCAGAUCAUCUAUCACCAACUCACUCUGCGCUGAGCUCUCGUCUAAGCCAACAAGAUGUUGCUGGCUAUGCAACUCUUCGUUCUCUUCAACAUCAGCAAAGACCACAACUUCCCAAUUUGUCAUCUAAUCUCAACCAUUCAUUUGGUGCUGCUGACAAUUUCUUGGAUGAUCUCACUGGCUUAUCAUCUUCGUCACUUACUCGAGAGCGCCAAUCUUCAUCCUUACUUAGUUCUAUGCGUCGCCUUAAAGUCAGAAGUUUGGACAGGCAAUCCACACAUCCUGCAUUUUCAAACUUUGAUUCCAAAAUAACAGAUGAGAUUUUUGUUGAGACUCCUACAGCAACUAGCUCUCCAAAUAAAACAGGUGUAUCGAAUCUUACCAAAGAUUCAAACCAAUGUUACAUGGGUAUUUCAUUGCCACUGUCAUCGUCAUCCAUUUUCCCUUCAAAUACUUCUGAAAAAGCUAAUGUUGAUGGAAGUGUUCCUCUGACUUUUAAUGUUGAUUAUGAUAAUUUAGAAACUCGAAAGGAAGAUAAUAAGAGAGGUACAUCAGCAUCAACUAGUGAAAUUGAUUGCACACAGGAAACAGAUGGACCUGAGCUUGUGCAGAAUGUUCACCUGUUCACUGAAUCUGAAGAGGAAGUGGAGAGUGAGGAGGGAGUCGGAAAAGGAUUAGACAGAGAUCGUGGCACUGGCAGGGCAUCACGACGUAGUGCUCGUAGUGCCGUUAGCCAGAAAGGCCCGAGUGCCCAGAGCCGGUCCCAUGCCCGCCGACGGCGUGAGCGUGCCUCAGGGGUUACAUACUCGUAUACAGAGGUGAGGCCUUACCUACACCAGGUAUCCUCCUGUCUUGCCUGCUCAUGGAAGGCGGGGCAGCCCCUUGCAUCCACCCAUCGGGAACGAAAAAUUUCCGCAGGUUCUUAUCCUGUCAGGACAAGGACAGAAACAGAGAGCAGCUGCGGUACUGCUGAAGGCAACGAAAGUCCUUCUCGGCAGCGAACUAUUAGUGGGGGUGCAUUUGGCGAAAGUCUUGAGAGCACCACAAGCACAGAGACAGUUGGAUCAGUGCAAGAUACUUUAAUUGGGACGAAGAAUAAAACAAUUCUUCGCUCAGAAGUAAUGAGGCAUGUUGAAUGUAUGAGUAAUCCAAUUUGGAUUAAACCAUGCCAGCAAUCUUUGCUUCACUCAAAGCAGAAACAUCCUCAAAUGCUGGAUGACAUAUGUUUAUAUUCAGAUCUAAGUGAAAGUCUGGCAUCUAGCAACUAUCGACUUCAGGCAAGGCGCUUUCUUCAGGAAAUUUUCCUGGAUGUUUCAUUUCCUGAGAUUUAUGAAGAAGCUGUUACCAUCUUAAAAUUAUCGCAUGUUGCUAGCUUGGGAUCAGAUAGUUCUCACACUCGAAGUAUUUCUGUAUCUCUCCCACCUGGUGAGGGACUGAUCAUGACUGGAAGUGUCAAAAUUGUGGAAAACCAGAUGCCUCCUCCACUCUCUAUGGUGUUAGAAGAAUUGUCUGGUAGUGAAGGGCGAAGAGGCAGCACUUGCAGUGUUGCCCCUGGAAGUAUACCUAAACUAUCUGGAGUUGGUCCUAAUUGUGCACAGGUUGCAGUCAAAGAACAGUUUAAUGCAAUAAAUAGAAUAUCCUCUUCUCCUGUUUUAAUGGGAAGUGAUACUGAAACUUUGAAAGUUGACCAAUCUUCCUCUAUUAGCCGUACAAGUUUACCUAGUAAAACUAUGUCUUCUUUUGACUCUUCUCCUGUUAACACUAGUGACUCCAAGCAUCUUAACAACUCUGUCGAUGUUGAUAAAACUGCAUCUGAUGUUGAUAGUUCAAAUGACCAGAGAAGUGUUGCAACCCAGCCAAUCAAGAAGACCGUAUUUAGUUUACUUUCACAAAUGGAUGGUACCACUUCUUCACGAAAGAAAAAUGAGUCAGAAAGUUUGCAAAGGAAUAAUGUAGAUGAAAAAGAAACCAAAGUUAGUGAAGUAGUACCUGACUCAGAAGAACCCAGUAGCCCAAUUAGGCUACUUACUAAUUGCCGUCUUCAAAGUACUGAUGGUAGUGAUAUUAGACCUAUAAGCUCAGAAAGUGCAAGUGAUUAAUUAUAAGGUCUAUUAACUAUUGACCUACACCAUGAAUUUCUGAAUCUUAAUACCUAUAUCAAUAAAUUGGGGAAAACUUUUUAAAAACAUUAAAUGUAAAUAUUUUGUCUUGAAAUAUGUAUGCACUAAAAGCUAUAACAAUGCCAAAUUUUAAAAUUUUAUAUUAUUGUGUUAGCAAGUCAACCUGAGAGCUUUGGGUAGAACUGAUGUUGAAUUUGUCGUUUAAAAAUGUGCCAAAUUGUAAGCAAGCAACAUGGUGAACUAAGUAAUAAUAAUGGCUGCAUGUGGACUUACAUCAAACUUCCCCUCUGCCCUGUAAAGCAUUAUUUUAGUGAAGUUUGCUUGGUUCAUGACAUAUCCAAAUGUUUGUGUAUUUUAACAAUGUGUUGUGUGCUGUACAGUUUGUUAUUUGCUAGUUAGUCUGUUGAAAUUCUCACUUUCUUCCUAUUUUUAAUAAUAAAGAGAAUUAGGUAUAAGAAAGCAAGAUUUUUAAGAUUUUGCACUAAUAAGUGCAUGAACUGGUUAAGUUAGGGCAGCCCGUCUUGUAAAAAAUUCUAUCAAAACUUAUUUAUUUAUUGUCAACAAUCAUCAAACGAUCAAGUAUGGUUCAGUGCAGAAGAAAUAAACAAAAUGGGUACUUUUAAACUGGAAGUAAAACCAACCAUCCAAGGUUGGUUUUGUACAACGUUUUUAAGCAUUGAUAUUUGCUUAAAGUCUAAACAAACGAUUGAGAUCUAAAUGAAAAUGAGUGAAAAUUGUGCUUUGUUUUAUUUAAACACUAAAUUGUUGUCCAAAAAUGUUGAUUCACUGUUUAGUACUGGUGUAAGCUGUCCUCUGGCUUAGCUAUUGUGUCAUUUUUUAUGUUGUAUGAAACAGUACUACUGCGCUAUCAACUCAGUAUUAAAUGCCCUCUUAAUUUUAUAACCUGA